CUGGAAACAUGAAGAAAAGACUCACUCUUGCCAAGUGCGUGCGCGACACAGGGUCUAGGACACGAGACGUUGUCGGUCGUUGCAUCUUUCGUCGGUCGCGGCGGCUGUGAUCGACCCGCGAUUGAGAUUGCGCGGCGAGAAGCGAGACAGGAGAGAGGAGAGAACGAAAGAGAGACGUAGAAACGUUCAGUGGAAGCCGAGAAACGAAAAGAGAGGGAGAGAUUGGGAAAAUGACCCCCACCCGCGACAACGAGGAGAUAGAGGGGCGCUCGUAUAAAGACUAUGCCUACAGCCCUGUAGCAGUGAGUUCCUCUCCGGCGGUAUUCGCUACUACCCCCGAGAAAGAAUCUGUAGAGUUGAACGUUAAACGCGGCGAGGAUUUGUGCAGCAGAACGCCGUUAGACACAACUGGCAAUCGCUACGCCGAAAACAUGACGGAGAAGGGUUCCACGCUCGUCCAGUUUCUGGCAGCUGCUUCGGCUAAUGUAAUCAUUGUUGCGACCGGUGCUAUGCUGGGAUGGACAAGUCCGGUUCUUCCCGUAUUGGUGGAAAAUGGCGGACCUUUGGGAACGAAGAUCACUAAGGAUGAGAAAACCUGGAUUGGAUCUCUGGUGGCUCUCGGCCCGAUUAUCGGCAGUUUUAUCGCAAGCUACCUCGGCGACAGAUACGGUCGCAAAAAUACGUUGCUGUUCUCCGUGGCACCGCAUUUGGUUGGAUGGCUGCUUGUCGGGACCGCGCGUCACGUUGCUCAACUUUACGUCGCACGAAUAAUAUUCGGAGUAGCUCUGGGUUUCGCGUUCACGCUCGUUCCGAUGUAUUGCGGCGAAAUCGCUGAGACUUCUAUCAGAGGAACACUGGGUUCUUUCCUUCAGCUGUUCAUCACGAUCGGUUUGCUGUAUUCCUACGCGAUCGGACCCUUCGUCUCCUACGAGGUCUUUUGCGUUGUAUGCGCCGUUCUGCCGAUUGUUUUCUUCGUCUGUUUCAUAAUGAUGCCGGAGUCACCGUAUUACCUUAUCAGACAAGGUCGUCGAAGCGAAGCGAUCACGUCUUUGUCGAAGCUACGAAGCAAAUCCGAAGCGGCUGUCGAGAACGAGGCCAAUGAUAUACAGGAAUCACUCGACGAAGCUUUCAAGGAGCGAGUUACCGUUGCGGAUCUGUUCAAGACAAGAGCCAACUUCAAGGCUCUGAUAUACACGUGCGCGCUUGCUUCCUUCCAGCAACUUACCGGCAUUAACUUCGUGUUGUUCUAUAUGCAAGAAAUUUUCGACGCCGCUGGCAGUUCUAUCCCAAGUGAACAAGCGACCAUUAUCAUCGGCGCCGUGCAAAUGUUGGCGUCGACGGUGACGCCUGGCGUUGUCGACAGGGCGGGCAGAAGAAUACUUCUCGUCUUCUCGGGCAUCGGGGAAACAAUCAGCUUGUGCGCUCUGGGUUUGUAUUUCUAUCUGAAAGAUGUGCAGCACGCGGACGACGUGGUGGAGCAGAUCUCCUGGCUGCCGGUGGUCGCGCUUAUCGUCUUCAUCUCCACUUACAGCGUGGGUUGGGGCCCGCUACCAUGGGCCGUGAUGGGCGAGAUGUUUGCCUCGAACGUUAAGGCCAAGGCUUCCGGUAUCACAGUGUCCCUUUGUUGGUUCUUGGCUUUCAUCAUAACCAAAUUCUCGGACGACAUGACGAAGUCGUUCGGCAACUUCGCGACAUUCUGGAUGUUCGGCGCAUUCUGCAUCGUCAGUAUACUCUUCACGGUAUUGAUUCUACCGGAAACGAAGGGCAAGAGUCUUAAGCAGAUUCAAAACAUACUCAACGGCGUAGAUUCAGACGAGGAAAGUGAAAGUAAAAAAUAAAACAAAAAAAAAAGCAACUGUUCGAUUUUGACGAACAGAGUUCGUACGUCGAAUUUUUUCACAAAAAAGAGAUUCGAUAUUUUACCGAGUAAAUAAUGUAAUACGUAAGUUUUUUAUAUAAUUUUACGACCUUCUCACACGAGAGACUUCGAUAUCUGGCUGGCUGUCGCGUAACUUUUUGAAAGCAAUUUCCGAAUAUUCGGAAUAACAAUAUCGAUUCGUGUCGUUUUUCCUAUUUCUUUUUUUUUGAAAGAAAAAGAAAAA